UCAUCUCUUAUUGUACAUAAGGGAAGAAUUCAUACUAUUGCAAAAUUUUACAAACUCAGGGAAAAUGGAAAAGCCGUUAGUCAGUCCUCAGGACAUACUCAACAUCAUAGAAAUCACAUGGGAGAAAAGUUUUAUAAAUGUUCAGAAUGUGACAAAACUUUUAGCUGGCCCUCAAAACUUAGUAUUCAUCAGAGAGUUCAUAGUGGAGAGAAGCCGUAUAAAUGUAGAGAAUGUGGCAAAGCCUUCACUGCUUUAUCAACACUUACUAACCAUCAGAGAGUUCACACAGGAGAGAAGCCGUAUAAAUGUGGAGAAUGUGGCAAAGCCUUUAGCUAUUCCUCCGCUUUUAAUAGACAUCGGAGAAUUCAUACAGGAGAGAAGCCUUAUAAAUGUAGAGAAUGUGGCAAAGCCUUUAGACUGUUCUCACAGCUUACUACACAUCAGAGCGUUCAUAGUGAAGAGAAGCCUUAUAAUUGUGGAGAAUGUAGCAAAGCCUUUAGCGAUCCCUCUGCUCUGAAUAGACAUCAGAGAAUUCAUACAAGAGAGAAGCGUUAUAAAUGUAGAGAAUGUGGCAAAGCCUUCACUGAUUUAUCAAACCUUACUAACCAUCAGAGAGUUCACACAGGAGAGAAGCCGUAUAAAUGUAGAGAAUGUGGCAAAGCCUUCAGCGAAACUUCAUCCUGUACUAAGCAUCAGAGAGUUCAUACUGGAGAGAAGCCGUAUAAAUGUAGAGAAUGUGGCAAAGCCUUCAGCGAAACUUCAUCCCGUACUAAGCAUCAGAGAGUUCAUACUGGAGAGAAGCCUUACAAAUGUAGAGAAUGUGGCAAAGCCUUUAGACAGCGCUCACACCUUACUAGGCAUCAGAGAGUUCAUACUGGAGAGAAGCCUUAUAAAUGUAGAGAAUGUGGCAAAGCCUUUAGACAGAUCUCAAACCUUACUACGCAUCAGAGAGUUCAUAGUGAAGAGAAGCCUUAGAAAUGUAGAGAAUGUGGCAUAGCCUUUGGACGGAUCUCACACCUUACUACUCAUCAGAGAGUUCAUACUGGAGAAAAGCCUUAUAAUUGUGGAGAAUCUGGCAAAGCCUUUAGCGAUUCCUCCGCUCUUAAUAGACAUCAGAGAGUUCAUACUGGAGAGAACCCUUAUAAAUGUAGAGAAUGUGGCAAAGCCUUUAGCGAGUCUGGAUCCCUUAAUCAACAUCAGAUAGUUCUUACUGGUGAUAAGUCUUUCAAAUGUAGAGAAUGUGACAAAGGAUUCAGUUUGGCUUUAUCCCUUAGUCACCAUCAGAGAAUUCAUACUGGAGAAAAGCCUUAUAAAUGUCAUGAAUGUGGCAAAGCCUUUACCCAUUACUCAUCCCUUAAUCGUCAUCACAGUAUUCAUACUGGAGAGAAGCCUUAUAAGUGUACAGAAUAUGUCAAAGCCUUUAGACCAGCCGGGGGACGGUUCUCACACCUCACUACACAUCAGAGAACUCAUACUGGCGAGAAGCCUUAUAAGUGUAAUGAAUGUGGCAAAGACGUUCGUGAUAUCUCAUACUUUGCUAAGCAUCAGAGAAUUCAUACUGGACAGAAGCCUUAUAAAUGUAAUGAAUGUGGCAAAGCUUUUACCUAUUACUCAUCUCUUAAGCGUCAUCAGAGAAUUCAUACUGGUGAGAAGACUUACAUAUGAGAGACUGGAAAAUCCUUUGGCACCUCUUCUUCCCUUGCUUCUCAUCAGAGAGUUCACACUGGAGAGAAGCCUCAUAAAUGUAAAGAAUGUGGCAAAUCCUUUGGAAGCUCCUCAGAACUUACUAAGCAUCAAGUUCACAGUGGAGAGAAGCCUUAUACAUGUAGACAAUGUGGCAAAUCCUUCACUACCUCAUCAAAACUGACUUACCACCAGAGAGUUCAUACUGGAGAGAAGCCUUAUAAAUGUAACGAAUGUGGCAAAGCCUUUAGGCAGUCCUCAUCCUUUAAUUUUCAUCAGAGUGUUCACCAAAGAGUGUAGCUUUAUAAAUGUUGAGAAUGUAACAGCAUUUUCUCAGGGUUCCUGCCUUAUUGUACAGCAGAGAUCAUACAUGAUAGAAGUCUUACAGAUGUGUGGAGUGUUAUAAGUCCUUGACCAGCUGUGAGAACUUACUGAACAUCACAGAAUGGAUACUGGGAC